CUUCAUCUUCUUUCUUCACACAUGCACUCCUAUAAAUUGUCAUAUUAUCUCACCACCCUAAUCAUCAACUCUCUUAACAAUCUCCAAUAAAUAUCUCAGUCCCCACCUUAUGGCGAUUACUGAGCACCGGGACAUCGAGAAAGGAGAUAACAAGGGGCUGGAGGAUCUAGUGGAGCCGCUGUUUGAUGCGGGUUUGAAGAAUGUUGAAGAAACUGGUCAGAAUGGUUCGAUAUCGAUGGUUGUUUUGAGCACUGCUGUUGCUGUUUGUGGCUCGCUUGAGUUCGGCUCGUGUGUGGGAUAUUCAGCUCCUGUUCAAUCCGGUAUCAGCAUUGAUUUGAACUUGUCUGUUGCAGAGUAUUCUCUCUUUGGAUCAAUAGUAACAAUUGGUGCGAUGAUUGGUGCGAUCACGAGUGGUAGAAUUGCAGACAUGAUCGGUCGAAAAGGGGCCAUGACAUUAUCAGCAGUUAUCUGUAUGGCAGGAUGGAUGGCAAUCUUUAGCAGCAUGGGAACCCUAUUACUUGAUGCGGGCCGGUUCUUCACUGGAUAUGGCAUAGGGAUCUUCUCUUAUGUGGUUCCAAUAUAUAUUGCGGAAAUAGCACCAAAAAAUCUUCGCGGGGCGCUCACGACUCUCAAUCAGCUCAUGAUUGUUACCGGUUCAUCCAUAUCAUUCUUGUUGGGAACAGUUGUUUCAUGGAGAACAUUAGCUUUAACCGGACUCAUCCCUUGCUUUCUUCUGCUGAUUGGCCUACUGUUUAUCCCAGAAUCACCUAGAUGGCUGGCUAAGGUUGGGCGUGAAGCAGAAUUCGAAUAUUCUUUACGCAAGCUUCGUGGUUCAAAAGCAAACGUUUUUGCUGAAGCCGAUGAGAUACAUGAGACUAUACUCACUCUUCAAAGUCUUCCUAAAGCUAGACUAUUGGAUUUAUUUGAUGCCAAAUACAUAAAAGCAGUUAUUAUUGCUGUCGGUUUAAUGGUAUGCCAACAAUCUGGAGGAAUCAACGGAAUAGGGUUCUAUGCGAGCGAAACCUUUCAAACCGCUGGACUUUCAUCAGGCAAAGCUGGAACAAUUGCUUAUGCCUUGAUUCAGAUUCCUGUAACCAUGCUUGGUGUGGUCUUAAUGGACAAAUCUGGAAGAAGGCCCCUCCUUAUGGUAUCUUCAUUUGGGACAUUUCUUGGUUGUUUUCUUGCUGGGACUUCAUUUUUCUUCAAGAGCCAAGCAGUUUACCUUGACUGGGUCCCACUUCUUGCGGUUUCGGGUGUUCUGAUGUUUAUAGCAUCGUUUUCAAUCGGGAUGGGAGCUGUACCUUGGCUGAUCAUGUCUGAGAUAUUCCCAUUGCACAUAAAAGGUGCUGCAGGGAGUAUGGCCGUGUUAGUGAACUGGUUUGGAGCGUGGGCGGUUUCGUACAGUUUUAAUUUCCUCAUAAACUGGAGCCCGGCUGGUACAUUUUGGUUGUUUUCCGGAUUUUCCCUUCUCACGAUUAUCUUUGUAGUAAAAGUAGUGCCCGAAACGAAAGGAAAAAGCUUAGAAGAAAUCCAAGUCUUGAUCAACAAGUAGUUAUGGUCAAUUUUGUUGUAACUAUGUUAGUAGUAGUAGGUAGAUAUUUAUAGAUGUAAGUUGGAAUGGGUGAUAUAUGGUUAUUAUAGUAUUUAGAUGUUGUCUUAGCUAAUAAUAUCUUCAUUAUUCGUUUAUAUUUCAGUGGAUUGGGCC